CAGAAUUAGUUUACAUCUUUCCUUUAUGGUCACUCUCUCUCCAUGCACUAGGUGUGUACUACUAAUGUUGCUGUUUAGCUGGUGAACACAUCCUCACGCUCACAUUUUCUUUCAGGAACAUAAUGCGGAGAUCAGAUGAAAUGCUAAAACAGGAAGAGCCUCUUCUCUUAACCCCAAGUCCUAAUCCUAAAGGAGGCUUCAAAACCAUACCAUUUAUCCUAGCAACUGAUUUGUUUGAGAGAUUGGCAAGUUCUGGGUUGUCACCAAAUAUGAUAAGAUAUUUGAUGGAGGAAUAUCACAUGGAUGUCACAACGGGAAACAAUAUCAUUCUUUUCUGGUCGGCAGCUACCAAUUUCCUACCGGUUCUCGGGGCUUUCAUUGCUGAUUCUUUCUUGGGUCGAUACAGAAUGAUUGGAGUUGGAACCAUUUUCAGCUUACUGGGGAUGGCUAUUCUAUGGUUAACGACCUUUAUCACACAAGCACGGCCACCUCCUUGCACUGGUUCGGUCGAAACAACUUGCAUCCCCUCUAAUUUCCAGGUGAUUUUCCUCUGUUCUUCCUUCUGCCUUCUGUCUAUGGGGGCUGGUGGAAUCAGAUCAUCUUCAGUAGCAUUCGGUGCAAACCAACUAGCAAACAAAGAUGUUAACCUGGCUAGUUCCCGGUCUUUACAGAGUUAUUUUAACUGGUAUAUAGCUACAAGCUCAGUUGCGGUGCUCCUGGCUUCAACAGUAGUGGUAUAUAUUCAAGACAAAAUGGGAUGGGAAGUUGGAUAUGGGAUUCCUGUAGUGCUUGUGUUCUUGUCAGUACUUUCUUUCUUUGUGGCCUCUCCCUUGUAUGUCAAGCCGAAGAGUAAAUCAAGCUUGAUCACUGGAUUUUUUCGAGUGAUUGCAGCAGCAUACAACAACAGACAUGUCGAUUUACCAACAGACACCACGUCUGUUUUGUUUCAUUGCAAGGAGGAUUCCAGAAGGAUUGUUCCCAGUGAGAAGCUAAGGUUUCUAAAUAAAGCUUGUCUAAUUAAAAAUGGCCGGGAGCAGGAGAGACCAGCUGAUGGGGAACGACUCUCAAGUAAUAUUUGUACAGUAGAUCAAGUGGAGGAAUUCAAAGCACUACUCAAGGUAAUUCCUUUGUGGUCUACAGGGAUGAUAAUGUCAAUAAACAUGAAUCAGCCCUCUUUUCCUUUACUGCAAGCAACUUCAAUGGACCGCCAUAUUACCUCCAACUUCGAGAUCCCUGCAGGAUCGUUUGGAACCAUUGGAAUUAUAGCUCUCACACUAUGGGUAGUACUUUAUAAUCAGGUCAUUCUUCGACUGGGGUCUAAAAUCAUGGGGAGAACUAUUAGCUUUACCAUCAAGCAAAGAAUGGGCACGGGAAUAUUUGUUUCCUUCCUGGCUAUGGUAGUGUCUGCAGUUGUUGAGGGCAUUCGAAGGGAUCGGGCAGUUACAGUUAAAAAUUUAAAUGUAGCGGUAACAACUGUACAGAUGUCAGCAAUGUGGUUAGUUCCACAAAAUUGUCUAAGUGGCAUUGCCGAAGCUUUAAAUGCAGUCGCUCUGAUCGAGUUUUUCUAUAGAGAAUUUCCUAGCAGCAUGUCUAGUAUAGCAUCCACUAUGUACGGAGUUGGGAUGUCAGCUGGAAAUCUGCUAGCUAGUUUUCUAUUGAGUACCAUUGAUGAUGUUACUGGAAGAGAAGGGAAAAUAAGUUGGAUUUCAAGUAAUAUUGAUGAAGGCCACUAUGAUUACUAUUACUGGUUUCUUGCAGGAUUGAGUCUAAUUAACUUGAUGUACUUUUUUCUUUGUAGCUGGGCUUAUGGUCCCUGUGAAGGAGAAUGCAUCGGAUCAGGAACGUCAAGCACUGACUGAGAUGCGAGUUUCUCGUGUCAAAAAAUGAAGUUGCUUGACAACGAAAAUUCUACUCUGAAUUAUCAACUUAUGCACCCUAGUGUUACUAUCUCAGUGUACAUACAUCACAAAGUUGUAUGUUAUUUAGAAACUAAUGUUAAAAUGACUUUGUCAUCACAAACGCACUAGUGAUGGUCAAACUUCAGAUUAUUUGCACAAAGGUAUUAAAAAGAUGAUAAAGUAUGAUGUCU